UUAUCCCUCCACUGCUCCCCUCAGCAAACUCCCUCUGCAUUUCUCUCUUCUGGUGGACUCUGUUGUUCCGUCCUGUGAUGAGGGUAUGUACCUGCCCAGGUUCGUGCAGCCGACACCACACAAUGGAGAACAUCUCCACGCCGAGGUCAACAAAGAGCUGGAGUUCAGGGUCAAGGCCGAGGCUACACACUCAACGGUUAAUGAUGUCAUCGUCAGUGGACCUCUGAACAUCACCAAUCACAUGACUACCCAGGGGGAGUUUGUCAUCCGGUGGACACCCAUCCGGGACAAUCUGGGGGAGUAUUUCCCCAUUUGCUUCAUCACUGAGGGGCUUUCUGGAUCUAGUGUGUAUCAGUCUGAGAUGAGAUGUGUUGUGGUGGAGGUCGGACGCAGAAAGGUCAAAGCCAAGGUGGUGUGUGACGAGACCAAGAUGACUAUAGAAGUGGAGAAGUCCUCUGUUACUGAAAUUCACGAGGACCACCUCCGCCUCAACGAUCCCAGUAACUGUGCCUGCGACCUGCAACGCCUCUCUAACAGCACCCACAUCAUUGGAGUCAUCCCCCUCAAUGCCUGUGGCACUCAGAUAGAGGAGGACGACGACAACCUCAUCUUCAAGAACCAAAUCAGCACCUUCGACAACCCCAACGACAUCAUCACCAGGCAGCACCAGGUGGAGAUCAAGUUCUACUGCCAGUACGCCAAACGUGGCAACGUGUCCCUGGGCUUCAGUGCACACAGGGACAACAUCACGGUGGUGGAGAAAGGCUUCGGCACGUUCACCUACCAGUUUGAGUUCUACCAGACCAGCCAGUUCACCGACAUGGUGGAUCCCCGUGACUACCCGUUAGACAUGGUGGUGAAGCAGAUGAUCUACAUGGACAUAGAGGCCGUGUCCACUGUGAACAACACGGAGCUCUUUGUGGAGUCCUGCAGAGCGGCGCCGUACGACAACCCCAACUACCACCCCACCUACCCCAUCAUAGAAAACGGGUGCAUUGUGGACGAGACGGUUCAAAUCUUCUCCCCCCGUCACCAGAGGCAUUUCCAGUUCGGAAUGGAAGCUUUCAAAUUCAUCGGAAUGCAUGACCAGGUGUACAUCAGCUGUUCAGUGAUCCUGUGUGAGGCUGGGAACCCCAACACCCGGUGUGCCCAGGGCUGCGUCAACUCCACCUCCCCCCAGCCUGCUGGUCACCACCACCGCAAGAGAGAUGCCGCCAUGCAAACGGCCAAACACCACAUUUCCCAGGGUCCUUUGCGCCUGAGAAAGAGUUCAGAGAGCUCAGUGACCAACAUGAACAUGGGGUUGCUGGUUGGGUGUAUCGUAGCAGCCGUUGCCAUGCUGUGUGGAGUGAUGCUCUACAAGGCCAAAACAUCAGGCGUUAAAUACCAGCCCCUGACAACAUUUGAGACUUAGUCCGAUGGCAGCCAUCCUUUCACAUGUAGCCUGCAUUAUAGAAAGAAGGAUGGGGGGAAAUAUAGAACAUUUGAAAAAGUGGUCUCUGACUUUAACGAUGAAAUGUCUCUUUCGACCAAUACAAGAAUAUGCAUUAAUCCGUAAACGUACUUAGCGGUAACUCCAAUUAUACAAUGUGUCUUGGCUGACCAGGUCAAAAGUUCUUAAUAGCCACUCGAGCACCAGUAGGAUUGCAAGUGUUUAUAUAUCACAGGAAGCUGCUGAGUGGAGCACAGCUCAUAAUGUCUGGAAUGGAGGGAAUUGAUCUAAUGGUUUUUGAUACCAUUCUACUCAUUUCACUCCAGCCAUUACCAUGGUCCCGUGGUCCCCAAUUAAGGUGCCACCAGCCUCCUGUGAGAUAUAUAUGUAUUUACUGUAGCCUAGCCUAUAUGCAUGUGACCCAUAUAGUGCCCUCUAGUGUAUAAAUGAUGUGUAAUAGACAAUGACAGAACAGCUAUAAACCAGACAACAACCGUAGAGGUUUGGGCCAAAUGUCUCCUACAACUUGUCUGACCAGUUUAACUCCUGCUUCUUAUUAUGGUCUAUAUUGGGAUGUGGGGACUGUCAUGUAAUACUGGGAUGUACUCUGAAAUACUGUUGUCACGUUCUGGAAAGCUUUCUAUAUAGGCCAGGGUCUGUUGAACCAGGGAUCAAUUACAUUUAUUUGUUGUGAUUGUUACAUCAAAAUGGGACCCUGGUUAAAAUAAAUGUUUAGUCUAUAUGAUGUAGUGAAUUACUGUAAAAUUGU